AUGGUUUGGUUGGCCAUGUCUUCUUCUAACAUCACCGAUCAGUCAGCUUUAUUUGCCAUCAAGUUUGGAAUCAAAUUUAAUCCCACAAAUGUCUUGGCCCACAAUUGGACCACGUCAACCAGUUUUUAUAACAACUUCACUGGUGGUAUACCAGAAGAAUUGGGCAUGUUACUUGAGCUUCGUUAUCUAUUCUUAGGCGAAAAUUACAACCUUCUGGGUACCAUUCCAUUAUCACUUGGCAACAUCACAAAAUUGGAGUACUUGGUAGUGGAGAGAAGCAGGCUGACAGGUUCAAUUCCUUUUGCCAUCUUUAAUCUCUCCUCACUGUUGUGCAUUUUUUUUCCACAUCUUGAAGAUUUAAAUGGAAGUAUCGCAGAAGCAAUCAGGAGUCUUCCUAAGAUUGAGACGUUUUAUAUUGGAAAUAACAAGAUUGCUGGAACCAUCCCACCUUCUCUGGACAACAUUUCAAGUUUGGUGCAACUGUAUUUAGGGGAUGGCCAUAUUCAUGGAAACAUUCCUAAUGAUUUGGGUCGCCUUUCAAAACUAAUUGAAUUUAAUAUUGAAGUGAAUUACCUCACUAGGGCAACACCUCAAGAAAUAUUUAACAUCUCCCUACAAUCCGUUUGCCUUGAUUUUAGUGAUCUCUCUGGAAACCUCCCGAAAAUUGUUGGGCUUCGGCUUCCAAAUCUUAUGUUGCUUCAACUGCAAAACAACCAACUUGGUGGAAACAUUGCUGCAUAUUUGUCUAAUUCUUCCAGGCUAACAGGAAGCUUGGAAAAUUUGGUUGUUGAAGACAACCAAUUUAAUGGCAUCUUACCAAAUUCUAUAGGAAAUCGCACAAGUCCCCUUCUACUUUUUGCCGUAUCUAAUUGCCAAACAAUAGGUCACAUUCCUAGGGGAAUCGGUUAUUUUGAAAACUUGAAUAUACUUUUUCUGGCCAACAAUGGUCUGACAGGAACCAUCCCAUCAACAAUCGGGAAAUUACAGAGCCUACAAAGAUUGCAUCUUAAUGGAAACAAGAUGGAGGGCAUCAUUCCAAAUGAGCUUUGUCUUUUGAAAAAGUUAGGAGAGUUGUCACUCCAAAACAAUGGCCUCUCUGGACCAAUCCCACCUUGCAUAGGAAAUAUUAGUCUUCUACAGAAGGUGCUACUAGGUUCUAAUGCCCUCAACUCAUCAAUACCUGUAAACCUUUGGAGCCUUGAAAAUCUAAUAGUCUUGAAUUUAUCUUCUAACAAUUUUGGAGGAAGCUUACCACUGAAUACAGGAAAGUUGGAAGUCAUAAAAAACAUGGAUUUAUCUCGGAACAAAUUCUUGGGAAACAUAUCGCCAUUCAUUGGGGCCUUUCUGCUCCUUCGCUCUCUAAACCAAUCAAGAAACUCAUUUGAAGGUAUCAUUCCACAAUCUUUUGGUGAUUUGAUAGCAUUGGAAUCUAUAGAUCUCUCUUACAACAAUCUAUCUAGCAGCAUACCCAAAUCUCUUGAGAAACUUAGGUAUCUAAGUUAUUUGAACUUGUCAUUCAAUAAGUUGUAUGGAGAGAUUCCAAGUGGAGGACCUUUUGCAAAUUUCACUGCAAAAUCUUUCUUGCAUAAUGAAGCACUUUGUGGAAGCCCAUAUUUACAAGUCCCAUCGUGCAACCAUGGAAGUUUUGGUUCUGUUUACAGAGGAAUGCUUUCGGAUGGGACAGAUGUAGUAGUAAAAAUUCUAAAUUUGCAAGUUGACGGAGCUUUCAGAAGUUUUGAUGCAGAAUGUCAAGUGUUGCGAACAAUCCGUCAUAGAAAUCUUGUUAAAGUCAUAAGUUCAUGCUCUAACCCUGAGGUAAGAGCAUUGGUUUUGAAGUGCAUGCCCAAUGGAAGCCUUGAGAAGUGGUUAUAUUCUCACAACUACUGCUUGAAUUUCUUUCAAUGGGUAAGCAUCAUGCUUGAUGUAGCACUAGCUUUGGAAUAUCUCCAUCAUGGUCAGUCCGAGCCUAUUGUUCACUGUGAUUUGAAUGAAGCCAAGCAAUGCUCUGUUAGAUGA